AUGGCCAUUUGGCGAUCCAGCAAAGCUCAUCGAGUCCGAUUUAAAACUUCCUCCUCGAUAACUGCGAUAUUCGCAUUUUUCUUUCUUUUCUUCUUCUUCAUCUGCUCUCUCGCCUUCUCUUUCUCUCUCUCACUCACACACACACUCUCUCUCUCUCUUUUUUACACUUUCCACGCUGCUGGAUGGCGGAUGGUUAAACAGCCCAAGGCUUCUGCCUCCGCUUCCGCUCUCCGAUUUCCGAUUGACAAGCCAUUACCAACAGAGCAGCGGCAGCGGAAAAAAGGACAAAGAUUAAGAAGAAAAAAAACAAAAACAAAAUUAUCCGAAGGCGGGCAUCUCCGAAGAGGUGGCGAAACAAUCGAAGUUCCUAAAGCGAUUGUUUCGUUUCGAUCUCUUCGAUGGAUGAAGAUUGAUUCCAAAGCACCCUUUCUUGUCGUCUCCAUUCUCUCCUGUCUACUUCCUGCUCCUCUGAAAGAGGCACUUCGACUUCUGAUAUCUGGUAAAGGAGAAUGA